UGUUUGAAAACGACGCGUUGUCGGUCGCAGUCAUUUUUCCCAGAAUAUCCGCAGCUCACGGAACAAUCGAAAUUUUGGUCGAUCGACGUUCGCGCUUUCCAACUUUGCCAAAAGUACUAUUGGUGUUGUGGUUUUAUUUCAUUGUAUUCAGAUUUUUUUUAUUUAUUUUUUCAAUAUUCAUUUAUUUGAUUUUCUUUUAUUUCCUGUCGUUCCGACCCGACGUAUUUCUUCACACGGUGAUAAUUCGUAUUUUAAUCAUGUCUACGACGCGUUCGCUGCUCUCUUAUUCUUUCAUAUCACUCGAGAUAACGCAAAAAAUUCAACAGCGUUAGGUAGGAAAUGUGAAGUUUAACACUAAGUCCUCGAUCUCAUUUUUUCCUGAAGUGAACUUAUUUUCAUGCGACUCCGAAAAACUCCCGCCGUCAGUUCGACGUCAUUAUGGAAUUAAGCAGCGCUGCUCGUUCUAGCAAUACUGAAAGUGAAAGAGAUCUGACAGAAGGAACCGACACAGUAGACUGCAUCGUUGGAGAACCUGAGUCUCGGGUGAUCUUCAUAAAUGGCCCGCAGCCGAUCAAGUUUGCGAGCAACAGCAUCUCUACCGCCAAAUACAGUAUCAUCUCUUUCCUGCCAUUCUUCCUCUUCGAACAAUUUAGAAGAUAUUCAAACUGUUUCUUCCUCUUCAUUGCUCUCCUCCAACAAAUUCCAGAUGUGUCCCCCACUGGAAGAUAUACCACAUUGGUCCCUCUCAUUUUCAUUCUACUUGUAUCCGCUAUCAAAGAAAUCAUAGAAGAUUAUAAAAGGCAUUUUGCCGAUAGGGAAGUCAAUCACAGACAAGUUGAAACAUUGCGAAAUGGCAACUGGGAAUUGGUUCAGUGGCGGCAUGUUGUCGUUGGGGACAUUGUCAAAGUGCGGAACAAUCAAUUUUUUCCUGCUGAUCUCCUUGUCCUUUCAUCCAGUGAACCCCAAGCAAUGUGCUAUAUAGAGACGAUGAAUCUAGAUGGUGAAACUAACCUGAAAAUUCGACAAGGUUUGCCAACAACAGCCAAAAUAUUAGAUUUAACAGAUUUAGUUAGGUUACGAGCCACGGUUGAAUGUGAGCUCCCAAAUCGCCAAAUUUAUGACUUCACCGGCGUUUUACGAGAAGAUGACAAACAAGGAGUGCCUUUGGGACCUGAUCGAAUCCUACUUCGAGGAGCUGUUUUGAGAAACACGGCAUGGGUAUUUGGAGUCGUCAUUUAUACAGGGCACGAAACAAAGCUCAUGAAGAAUGCGACAGCAGCUCCACUAAAACGCUCAACAGUUGAUAAAAUAACAAAUUCCCAAAUUUUAAUGUUAUUUGGUCUACUUCUCGGCCUGUGUGCUGUGAGUGCCAUAAGUAAUGAAAUCUGGACCUAUAACAGACUAGGUUUCGACUGGUAUCUAGGUGAUGGAAUGAAGAAAACAUUUCUAAACAAUCUACUAACUUUUAUAAUUUUAUAUAAUAAUUUAAUUCCUAUCUCUCUUCAAGUUACCUUGGAAGUCGUUAGAUUUCUGCAAGCUGGUUUUAUAAACGUGGAUGAAGAUAUGUACCACGAAGAAACAAAUACGUUUGCCAUGGCCAGAACAUCGAAUCUAAACGAAGAGUUGGGCAUGGUGAAGUUCAUCUUUUCAGACAAAACAGGCACCCUUACUCGCAAUGUAAUGGAGUUCAAAGCCUGCUCUGUUGCAGGGAAAAUUUAUCCCAGGAGCUGUGAGCAAAAGUGUGAGCUUAUUGAAGAUUUGACAGAGAAGAAAGCUAACUAUAAAAUUAUAGAAGAAUUCCUAACGCUCAUGUCGGUUUGUCACACUGUGAUUCCAGAGAAAUCUACAGACAAAAAUGAUAUCAUUUACCAUGCUUCAUCUCCAGAUGAACGAGCUUUACUUCUUGGUGCCAAAGAAUUCGGGUUUGUUUUUGAUACAAGGACUCCAAUGACGGUCGAAAUAGUUGCCCUGAAUCAAAGGAGGAAAUAUGAAAUACUAAAUGUUUUAGAAUUUACGAGUGCCAGAAAGAGAAUGUCUGUGAUAGUUCGAACAGAGAGUGGCCAAUUGAAAUUGUUUUGCAAGGGUGCCGAUAACGUCAUCUAUGAAAGAUUGUCAACGACUGGGAGGCAGUUUGGCGAAGUCACGCAGAAACAUCUUGAAGAAUUUGCAUCAGCCGGUUUCCGAACACUUUGUUUUGCUUCAGCAGAUAUUGAUGAAGCAAAGUACAAAGAUUGGCAGGAAAUGUACCUUCAGGCCAGCACUGUCAUCCACUACAGGGAAAAGAAACUUGAAGAGGUUGCCAACAUGAUUGAGCUAGAUUUAAAUUUGCUGGGGGCAACUGCUGUUGAGGAUAAAUUACAAGAUAAAGUUCCAGAAACAAUAGCGACUCUCUUGAAAGCUGAUAUCAAUGUUUGGGUGCUCACAGGAGACAAACAGGAAACAGCAAUUAACAUAGGCUAUUCUUCAAAGCUGAUCAGCCAGGGCAUGCCAUUGAUUAUCCUAAAUGAAAAAACUGCAAAUGGAAUACGUGAGUCAAUAAUCAGGCAUUCUAAUGACUUGGGUGAUCGUCUCGGUAAAUCAGGAAAUCCUGUGGCUCUUGUCAUUGAUGGACAAGCUCUGAAACACGCUCUUGUACCUGUUGUUAGAGAAGAUUUUCUCAAAUUAUGUUUAAGCUGUAAAUCUGUCAUUUGCUGUCGUGUUUCACCCAUUCAGAAAGCUGAUGUUGUGGAGCUGGUGACGCAAAAUACAAAAAGCGUGACGCUAGCAAUUGGUGACGGAGCGAAUGAUGUUGCCAUGAUACAAAAAGCACACGUUGGCAUAGGCAUCUCAGGUGUAGAAGGUUUACAAGCUGCUUGUGCCUCCGACUAUUCAAUAGCACAAUUCCGCUUCCUUUUAAAAUUACUUUUUGUCCAUGGCGCCUGGAAUUACAGCCGGGUCUGCAAAUUAAUUUUGUAUAGUUUUUACAAGAAUAUUUGUUUAUAUGUAAUCGAGCUAUGGUUCGCAAUCUACUCUGGUUGGUCGGGCCAGAUUCUCUUUGAAAGAUGGACGAUAGGUCUUUAUAAUGUGUUAUUUACUGCAGCCCCUCCCUUGGCGAUAGGUCUUUUUGAUAAAAUAUGCUCGUCAGAGACAAUGCUAAUGCAUCCAAAAUUAUACUCUCAAACAAGCCAACUUUUCAACAUGAAGAUAUUUUGGGUAUGGAUUGCAAAUGCCUUGUACCAUUCAAUUCUACUCUUCUGGUUACCGAAGAUAGCCUGCGAACAGGAUAGUGUCUGGUCGAAUGGUAAAGAUGGAGGGUAUCUCCUUCUUGGCAACUUUGUUUACACCUUCACAGUUGUUACUGUCUGCCUAAAAGCAGGAUUACAUAUGAACUCAUGGAACAUUUUUAGUCAUAUUUGUAUCUGGGGGUCCAUUCUACUGUGGUUCGUCGUUCUAGUAGGUUACAGUCAUUUCUGGCCCACUCUUCCGCUAGGAGUUGUCAUGACAGGCAUGGAUACCAUGGUUUUUUCCUCUCCUGUAUUUUGGGUUGGACUUAUUCUAGUGCCUGUUUCUGCUUUAAUUUUAGAUGUCAUAUUCUUAGUUGUAAGAAGUACUAUGUUCAAAACUUUUACUGAAGCUUGUCGAGAAGCAGAGAUCAAGAAAGAAUCAACAUCUACAAUUCUAGGAGAUAAGCACUCAGGCACUGAAAGAGCCCGACUUUUGCGGAAUGUUCGCAGCGUUUUCAAUCUUCGUUCUCCAACAUCAAGUAGUACAGGAGUGGAAUUAAGGCAUGGUUUUGCUUUUUCUCAAGAGGAAGGUGGUGUAGUAACUCAAUCCGAAGUUAUUCGGGCCUACGAUACCAAUUUACCAAAACCUGGAGGACACUAGAAGCGUACUUUUCUUGUUGAUCGAGAGGGUUACUGUUUUUUUGGAUCCUUCGUCUUUGAAAUUCCAGCACCAAGCAUUUUAAUCUACGAACUUGUUAAUUUUUUUGGCAAGCUGUUUUUAAAUCUACCUGUGUAAUGAGUCAGUUUUCGGAUUCACUUUCAAAAUUAUUCGAAAUAUUCACCAGUUAGAAACUCAGUCUUAGGAGUAAUAUUUUUCUGGUCAUCUUGUUUUACAAAUUCUAUCAUCGAAUUCAUCUAUUCUCAAGACAUGAGCGCAUGACCUAAGUAUUUAAAAAUGUUCAGUUCCAAUAUUUUUGAACCACUUAGAUCUUUUUAAAACAUAACUGUAUGUAAAGUCCUAUUUUUAUACUCUUCAUUAUCAAUACUAAUCAUUGAAUAUAUAUAUUUAUAUUUUCCUGAAUCUGCAUUAACUUUUUGUAAAUAUUUUUAACUUAAUCCAAAAAUUCUAGAGUGGAAAUGUGAACUUCACUGAACUUAUCACACUCCCUGUGUGCUUUUCAUAAGGCACAAAUAAAUACUAAUUCUCACUUGAAUAUACCUCAUGAACAAAUUAUAUAUUUGUCUGGUAGCUGAUCAUAUAAUUUAUUCAAGUGUUCAUAAGUUAAAAAUGAUUUUCAGCAAAUCAGCAGCUUUGCUUUCAGAAAUAAUGAAUUUCCCCUAACAUGAAAUAGGUUUUUUCCUUGGAAAAAAACCCUUUGUCCUCUCAACACUACAUUAAAUUAACCAACAUUUUUAUGUCUUGAGGUAAUUUCUAUUUUUAGGACACAA